AUGGAUAUCAAAACCUUACUAAACAAUCUUCAUGAAGAGGUCUCCUGUUCUGUGUGUAUGAACACAUUCACUGUUCCGAAAACGCUGCCAUGUUUACAUGUCUUCUGCCUGCAUUGUUUGAACAGGAUUCUUCGAACGAGUGGCCGCCACGAUAUCAUCGCAUGCCCUGAAUGUCGGAAAGAGAUUCAAGUCCCUAGAAGCGGAAAUCUUGGGGAUCUUCCAACUAACUUUCGCAUCAACAGUCUCCUUGACGUGUUGGCCAUCAAAGAGUGCAGUGUUACUGGAGUUAAGUGUGGAAAUUGCGAAGAGAGCAGCUCCCAAAGCUUUUACUGCUUCCAAUGUUGUGCAUUCUGGUGCGAGGCUAACUGCAUCAUUCAUCACAAUGGAAUAAAAGCGAAUAAGGAACACCUUGUAUUAGCGCUCAAAGACUUUAAAGACCAAGAUUUUGAAAAUGUUUUGAAGCGACCGGUAUUUUGUCGCAGCCGUGGCCACGAGAGUAAGCAAUUGGAGUUUUUCUGCAAAAAUUGCUGUGUUGCAAUUUGCUAUUCGUGUGUUGCCACUACUCAUGACGGUCACGCCAAGAUGCUUUUGGAGGAAGCUGCAAAUGAAAGAAAAUUACAAGCGAAGUCUGCGAUCGAAAAUCAGAGGAAAACAGCAUUGGAGAAGAGACGACAAAUUGCUCGACUUGACUCGGAUUGCGCCAAAAUUCAAGAACAUGUCGCCAGUGUAAAGAAAGGCGUGCAACAGUUUGUCGACAACAUGAUGGCUGUUAUCGAGGCACAAAAGCAAGAAAUCUUUGAUGACUUAGACAACAGGGCAGCAGAGUCCAUGCAUCGGCUGUGGAUACAAAGAGGUGAGAUUGAAAAGCAAGUAAAAAUAACUGAAACAGGCAUCGAAGCUACUAAGGCAAUUCUGCAACGGAACAUUAGCGCUGAAAUCAUGCAGUCAAACAAAAUUCUAGAAGAAACAUUUCAGGGUCAAGUUGAGGCAGCGUAUCCUCCCAUUGGUAAUCAAAGCAAUGUAGAUUUUGGAUUUGUGAGAAAUCAACGAUUGUUUGAUCAUGUAUGGACUGACAGAAUUGGCUUUGUGAAAGUACUUCCUACUAGUCCAACUGAGUCGAACGCCUCCGGAGAAGGAAUCAGCGAGCCGACCAUUGGACUAGAAGCAAACAUAAAGUUGACAACAAGAAAUGCUAAAGGAGAACAAUGUUAUGAAGAACGUGACUAUGUAACAGUGGAGAUCAAAAAUCAGGAAGGCCAUGACUGUGCAACGGAGACUCGAGUCCAGGAUAACAAAGAUGGUAGCUACAAGAUCAGCUAUUUUGCUAAAGAAACCGGAAAAUGCCGUGUGUCUGUGAAGGUCAAUGGAGAGCACAUUCGUUACAGUCCCUUUGCUGCUGAAGUAAAACCCAGACUGUUGGAACUCGGCGGGUUAUCCUCCAGCAGAUAUACAGUAGUAAACAAACGCGAUGAAAUUGCAGUCGCUGGCAAUGGUAACAACAGGGUCCAGGUAUUCAGUAGUGAUGAAACUUACUUAAGAUCAUUUGGGUCUAAGGAGGAUACAAAGGGAGAGUCUAACUUGCCUACAGGGGUUGCAAUCGAUAAUGAAAACGGAAUCAUCUUAAUAGCAGAUACUGAGAACCACCGAAUUCAAUUUUUUAGUGGGCAGGGAAAGUUUCUGAACAAUUUUGGUGAAAAGGGAAAUCUUGAUCACCAACUCAAGUUUCCCCACGGGUUAUCCUUCGGUAGUGACGGAAAUUGUAUUGUGGCUGAUACCGGAAAUAAGAAAAUUAAAUUAUUUUCCCGUACCGGCCAGUUUCUCCGUAGUAUAGGCUCCGAGGGUUCUUUCACAGUACCCAUUCACUGUAUCCAGUAUAAGGAAUAUCUUAUAGCAUCAGACUUUAAUGAACACUGUAUCAAAGUUUUUGACAAAGCUGGACAUUUUCUGUACAAAUUUGGAAAGUAUGGAACAGGGGACGGAGAGUUCAAUGGACCUUAUCAUUUGUCAAUUAACAAAGCUGAGCACCUGAUGGUCUGUGAUAGAAACAAUCACAGAAUUCAGGUGUUUGAGGUGAAUGGAAAGUUUGUUGGAAAAUUUGGCUCAAAAGGAAAAAAGGUAGGACUAUUUACUGGACCAUUCUCUAUAGCAGUCCUCAGUGAUGGUAGGAUAGUUGUUACUGACUUUCACAAUCAUCGGGUCCAGAUAUUUGAGAAGCCGUAUCCUCUGUUGUCUUAUAAUAGUGUUAUGAUAGUGUUAUAAUAGUAAUAUCAUUAAUCUUUCCGGUUCUUUAAACAUUAUUGACUACAUGUGAAAGCUUCUUGUUACAUUUGUAGGUUGAAACUUGUUUUUUUCACAAUGUUUUACGACAUUCGCUCCAAUUGUAGCCAAGAAGAUAUACACGCACAAACGAGUUACAAUAGACAUAGCUCUAUAUCCAGAGAGUUGAGUAUUAAUUUC